AGGUAUAAACAAAGCGGAAGUAGUGAAAAAUAUCCUCGAUCAUUUUGCUAGCUGUCCAGAGGUAAUUUGAAGCGGUCAUUUCUGUAUCAAAUUGCGAUAUUGCCGCGAGCGGUGCCGAAACAUGGACAGAUAAUGUUUGUUUAAUUUGCUUUACGGACGUGGUCCCUGUCGGAAGCUAACCCAUUACACCUGUGCCCAUCUUGGACUGUCUGACACAUACAGACACAGAGGAGACACAACAGUUUAGCCUCCAGUGAAACUCCAGAGUCCCUCCACCUUUUCUUGUGGCCACCAGCAUGGCUAAUAGCACCACAACAGCUGUUAAGGUUGUGGGGGCCUCUGGCCCUCCUGGCAGAAGUAGCCCAGAAGGAUCUCAGGUGCUCAGUAAGAAGAAGCUGCAGGACCUGGUGAGAGAGAUUGACCCAAAUGAGCAGCUGGACGAGGAUGUUGAGGAGAUGCUGCUACAAAUUGCAGAUGACUUUAUAGAAAGUGUAGUGACAGCGGCCUGUCAGCUGGCACGCCAUCGGAAGUCCAACACCUUGGAGGUGAAGGAUGUUCAGUUACAUCUUGAACGCCAGUGGAACAUGUGGAUUCCUGGUUAUGGUUCAGAUGAGAUCCGGCCGUUCAAGAAGGCUUGCACCACAGAGGCUCACAAACAGAGAAUGGCGCUGAUCCGCAAGACAACCAAAAAAUAGCAAGACUGUACACUAAUAUGUAUGUUUUUUUUCCUUUUCAACUGGGAUCUUUUUGGGCUAAGGUGAAGAAAGAGAGGGUUUGGGUAGGAGUAUUUUUUUUUUCUUUUGACAUUAGUGUUUCUCUGUCAUGUCUCCCUAACUUUUUAGUGUUUUGCCAGCACCAUCACACAAUAAUGUAAUUGCUGUCUCUGAUUCUGUUUUUUUUUUUUUUCAUUAAUCUAAGCCUGGCAGAACUCUAUUCAUUGUAUUUUUGUCAAUAAACAUUUACUGGGAUACUU